AAACACAGGUCACCCCCCUUGGCUUGGAUCAAUUGAUCAGGAACCGGCUCCCAGAUUGGUCUUGGAAAACCCUCGCAUAGAUAAUUGGUAGAAAGCAAUCAAAUUUCCGCGCGCCCGCCUGUCAAAUCCGCCUGGGAUCGUCUGGAAGCCUGCCUUUGGCCCGAUCGCCCUUUCUGGCAGCAGUUUUGGGCCAACGACAAACGGUUCGCUGUUGGUGCCUGUCGGUCGUGGAGAACCCCCUGUUUUCCAGAGCGUUCCUCCCUCGCACGUUUUCGUCUGCUUCGUUCUUUGUUCCCCGCCGACGUGGGCUUGCGGUGCCACCGUUUUCUUUCUCCUCUCCUCCACUUCGCUCUAGACUCCUGACAGCUGGCCCAGCACAAAAGAAUUUGGGCACGAACAGUCCCCGAGGCACAAUGUCGGACGAUGAGGUAGAUCCUGAGCUGAUUGCUCUUCUGCGCAAAACCCUGGGUCUGGGAGGGUCGUCAGAUCCCCGGAUGGCGGAGACCAAGGUGCUGGAAAAUGCGCAAUUCGCUUUUGACAAUGCGAUCGACGUAGCAUUGAACCCCUCUAAGACAAAGGAAGCCGCAGAGACGAUAUGGCGCAUGAUGCAGAAGAAGGCGUAUUCGACGCAGACCUGGUCGGAACACGAACUACACCCCAAAGCGAAAGACGAGAGCACCGUCGACUUCAUUUUCACAAUGGACCUCCUCAACUUCAGUUUCUGGUCAGAGCUUCCUAGCGAGAAGCGCUUCGCUAUUGAGUAUCGAGGAAGGACGUGGACCGGAUACUGGAGCUUGGUGGCCGCAUUGCAAAGGGCCCUGGACGAAGAUAUUCCGAUUACCACUCCAGAGUUCUGGACAAAGGAAGACGAAUGUACCGAGGAGCUCCUCAAGCACGUGUUUCGCUCCGCCACUGAGGAGGAGAUCCCUUUGCUCAAGGAACGGCAUCAGUGUCUGCAAGAAGCAGGACGGGUUCUUUGCAGGGAGUAUGAGGGAAGCUUUUUGAACUGCAUUUACAACUCCAACUACUCUGCGGCUUCACUCGUCAAUUUGCUGGCGGAGAGCUUCUCCUGUUUCCGGGAUGAAACGACUUUUCACGGACGGAGAGUACGUAUUUACAAGCGGGCCCAGAUCUUGGUUGCAGACCUAUGGGCUUGCUUCAACGGCGAAGGGUACGGCGAGUUUCACGAUAUUGAUAAGAUUACAAUGUUUGCAGACUACCGCAUCCCUCAGAUGCUCCACCAGCUUGGCUGCCUGAUGUACUCCCCGCCAUUGGAGAGUCACAUACGCCAACUGAAACCAAUCCCCAGCGGCUCUAACUGGGAAAUCGAGCUGCGGGCCACUAGUAUCUGGUGUGUCGAGUUGAUUAGACGGGAAAUCGAACGUCGACAUCCCGAGACCAGGGUGCACCCGACGGUUCAAGGCAACAAAACCACCAAGAGGUCAGGCUCAGCGACGCCAUACGAAGAAGAACACCAGCAGAAAUGCUCGACGCAGAAACGCGUCAAGAAAGAGAGCGUCCAAGAACCCUCUGGGAUGGGUGUGAACGCCAUCCUGAUAGAUUUCUUCCUCUACGACACGAUGAAAGAAUUAGAGAAGGACGGACAGGAAUCCAUCCCGCAUCAUCGGACAAGAAGUAUCUGGUAUUAGAUUUGCAUCAGAGCAUAUAUCCCGUUUGUUUUCGUCCCGGUUGUUAAAAACUAUACCCUCCUUUUACUCGGUCACGCAUGAUUUGUUCCGCAUAAGGGUUACUGUUUGGGUGGGUGAUGGGUAUAGACUUGCAUACAUACAUUCAUAUUAAUAGCAUAGCAUUGCAUCUUCGCGCUUUCUACAUCGUCCCGGGAUGCUCUACACGG